AGAGUAUAAGUGAGGAGGGGAAAGAGCAAGUGCUUUAUAGAGGGCGAGAGGGAGUGAGAGAGCAUAUGUGCAGGAGGGUGGGAGGGUUGGAGAGAGAGAGAGAUACGGGGGGAGAGGACAAGCGGAUGGGUGCUGUGAAAUCUGUUAACAGGGGAGCUCUGUGUAUUUGUUGGACGUCUUGGCUGCUUGCCCAACUUGGCUCAUUGUAAUCGAGGCAUGAUCGUCGACUCCAGGCAGCUCUCUCUGCCGCCUCGGCUGCCUCGCGUCUGGACCCAGCCCAGCUCUCACCGCUGACAUGGAAAGACCAACCCCCAGUGACAUGCUGCCCAAGAAGGAUCAUGAAAGGGACCUGGAGCUAGACAAGAAGAUCGAGGCUCUCCGCAGGAAGAAUGAAGCGCUCAUGAAGAGGCACAAGGAGGUGGAGGAGGACAGGAAGAGGGCAGAAGAGGAAGGAAUGGCGCUACUGAACCGCAAGGGCAAAGCUGAGGAUCUUACCAUCACAAUCAGCAAGUCCACCAGUGAUAGUCGUAUGGUGGUCACGAAGCCAUUCAGCGGUGGUUCACCGGCUGGGAAAGGACAGCAGGAGGCCGGGCCCGACAAUGGGGAGGAAGCCCCUCCGCAGAGUGCAGGCCGAGGCCACAGGAAGCAGCUAAUGGUCACCAUGGCUGGCAAAAAGGGUAAGAGGGUGGUGAGUGAGAGGCCAGAGAGGAGGCCAGGCUCUACGGACAUCAAGAGCCCUAAGGAUGACGGACAGGCGAGUCGUGUGGAGUCUGCUGGGAGGGGGAAUCCACCACCUCACAUGACCAAGAGAGACACAGCAGAACAGGAUGGGGUUAAACAAGGGCAGCAGCACACUGAGGACAAUCACGGGCUUUCAGAGCAAUGCCAGGAGUCUGAAAGCCUGCGGGGCAGCACAGACCUUAACAUCCCCACAUCAAAAGAGGAGCAGGAGGAGUAUGUGCGGUGGAAGAAAGAGCGCGAGCAGAUCGACAAGGAGAGAGUGGCACGCCACAAAAAUGCCAAGGGCCAGUGGAAACGGGCGUGGGACAUGGACAAAAAUGAUAACAUGUUUUCAGACAAAUCCCUCCCUGACAGAGACUUGGGGCCUUCCGGCAGAGGUGGACGAAAUGCUAGAAGAGGAGCGUCUCGAGCAGGUCAUGAGAAACGAGGCAAAGACAAGGGAGCUAAAGACGUGCUAGUGAUGAGCAGUAAAGCAAAAGGCAUAGAUCGUCUGACUGGGAGAGCCAGGAGAUGGCAGGCAAAUGAAGACGGAGAGAACCUACAGUCUGCUGACACGACAUUAGAAGAGUUUUUGGAGGAACUCGACGCCGUCACACAUGCUGAGGUAGAUGAUCAGAAAGAUGAGGACCCGAAAUUGAAGCUGUCGCUCAACCCAAUUUCACUGAGUACAUCUGAAGAAGUGAGUGCAUCCACAACCCCCACUCAGGGGAAGGCAGAGGCCUCGUCCCCACGGGGUUCAGAGAAGAAAGUACGUUUCUCAGAAGCGCUGGUCCGGGGGGAUCACACAAAGCAAACCACAGGCACUCAGGACUCGGCCUGCUCAGAAUCACGAAGUGUGAGGUCCUUAAAAGCUUCCUCUCCUAAAAAGAACCAACACAACGUGCAGGGGCCACAGCAGCCUCUGGCAAGUGCCAAGCAGGAUGAUGUUCGUCCUCAGGAUCAGGGAGGUGGUCCGUCUGCUCCUCCUGUUGCCCAGCAGCAGGCUUCUGAAACUGAAUGUACUAAAAAAGACAGCACCCUCCCCAUCGCUCCCAGCUCCCCCUCUGCUGAAAAAGCCUGUGCCUCGCGACAGCAGAGCCCUGUCCAGCUCGUAGAGUUUGCCAAGUGCAACAUCAGCAACAUAAACACAGAGGAACUAAUAGACUCCGGCCUGUCUGUCCUGAGCCUGGAGUUGGGAGAAACACACCCAACACACACCAGCAGCGACAAGGCAAGAGAGCAUGGGAAGAUUGUUUGAUGUUUUCUGGAUGUAAAUACUGAAACCAAAUCACAGCGACACAAAGCCUUUGCCUUUUUGUAUUUGCAUUUUGCUUCAGGUUGCUCAUUUGAGUUAGCCUGUGUAAGGAUUACACACAAAACCAUGGUUUAAUUUUGCUGUGGCUCCUCCCACCUGUGGAAGAUUUAAAAAUGGCCUAACAUUUGAUGAAGGAAUGGUGAAAGUUUUUCCUGCUCAAAUAUGUGUACAUCCAAGCACUUUAUAAGUAUACAAGUAUGUGUACUGACACAUUAUUGAACAUGUUAGUACGCUGCUUCAGUGCAGUAUCAUUGAAUGUUUACAUUUGUAUGUAUCGGAGAUAAACUUCAGCCACAGUUAAAUUAUCUAGUGCCUGAUUCUACCUUUUCAAUAAGUGAAGACUGCAUCAUAUGUUGAUACACUAGUGACAGACCUACAGUGCAGUCUGUAUUUGUACACAUGAAAACUGUGUGAUUACACAUAGUUUAUUUAUUGCUUCCAGCAUCAGUCAAUGGCCUUUAAUAAUAAUAAUAAUACAUCGAAUUUAUAUAGCGCUUUUCAAAACACACAAAGACGCUUUACAUAAGGCAUAGACAUACAAAACUAAACU